AUGGCCCCUGAUGUAACAAAUGCAGACUCCAGUAGCAACAUCUCUAGUGUUAUUGUUCAGUUUAAUCCCGCGUCACAUCUGUCGAUAAAGCUUGUUGGCAGCCAUAACUUCGCGACAUGGAAAGCCCAGAUUUUUAUGAUCAUGCCUGGGCACAAUCUAUUCGGUCACCUUGACGGUACUUCUCCCACUCCUUCGAAAACUAUCACACAAAAUGAUAGACAAGUGGAGAAUCCAAUCUACAACAUUUGGUUCCGUCAAGAUCAGUUGAUCCAGAAUGCCAUAAUGCCUUCUGUCGAUUCGACAAUAGCCACAACUGUGGCUACUGCCUCUACUGCUAAACUUGCCUGGGACUCCCUCCACAUGGCUUAUGCCAACAGGGCAAAAUUUUCAUGUGAUUUCCGGUGCAAUCCGAGCAAGAGAUUCCAUCGUCUCUUACGAGGAGUUUUUGCCAAACUAAUUUAUCAUGAGCUCUUUCUCAAACAUGAGGAAUUGAAGAUGGAAACCACUUCGAUUAUUACUGCUUUGGUAACUCGCAAAAAGUCCAAUAAUUCCAACAACCGCAAUGUUCGUCGACCCAACAACAACUCACAAUGGCGUUACAACAAUUGUACUAAUGCUCCUACUCAAGGGAGUUACACAAACAAUGAUUCCACCAAUAACCCUGUUCGCUAUCAGUUAUGCAACCGACAAGGUCAUACUGCAAAUGUUUGCAGGUCACAGUCUCAUAAUCAUUUAGAGGCAAAGGCCGACAACCUCACUGAUCGAAGUUCCACCACCGGUUAUAUUAUUUAUCUCAGCUUUACUCCAGUUAGUUUGUCAACAAAAAAAGAACGCACCAUUGCCUGCUCGUCUACUGAAGUAGAGUACCGGGCUGUUCCUAGUGCUGUUGAUGAGAUCACUUGGGUUAACGAUAAGUGCCUUAUCUUCAAGCAAAUUCCUAGUUCUGACCAAUUGGCUGAUACUCUUACCAAACUGCUUCCAAAAAACUCAUUCCGUCGCCAUUUUUCAUCCAAGUUAGGUGUUGUUGCACACCAUCUAGCUUGA